GAGGAGGGGUAUGUUGAAACCACACAAGUAAUUUGCGUUUGACACUUUUUUUCUUAAUUCUGAAUCACCUGAACAGAAGAAAGUCAGGUUCCACCAACUGAUCUGAUACGUCAACUCAAUUUACUUUCACUUUCGUAACAAACCUCCCCAACACCGUUUAACCCAGUUACAAGUGACGUUUACGCCCCUGACGAACCAUUGGCUCAGGUGAAUGCCAAAGUUCAGGUACACACCUGCGCUACUUCCUUAUUUUCAGAGUCUCUUCGCUCGGAAGAAAAAUCACGCAGCUUUCAAGUGGAUGCACAAGAAUUGACAUGGCCGAAAAAACGAGCUUAAUUUUUCUGAUUCUAGUGGGAAUACAAGAGUCUAUAGCAGUGACCCACUCUCUGAAGUAUUUCUACACGGCAUCUUCAGGAAUAGAAAACUUCCCAUCAUACGUCUCUGUUGGGUUGGUGGAUGAAGUUCAGAUAAGUUACUGUGACAGCAGAACAAAUGAAAAUAUUCCUAAACAGGAUUGGAUGAAUGACCUGAGAUCAUUAUAUCCAAACUACUGGAAGGAGGAAACAGAAACAUGUCUGGCUAAACAGCGAACCUUCAAAAAAAACCUAGAAAUUGCAAAACAACGCUACAACCAGAGCGGAGGAGUGCCCAUCUUUCAGCAGAUGUAUGGCUGUGAGUGGGAUGAUGAGACAGGAGAGGUCAAAGGUUAUGAUCAGUUUGGUUAUGAUGGAGAAGAUUUUAUUGCACUGGAUCUGAAAGGACAAUCAUGGAUCACUCCAAAACCACAAGCUUUCAACACCAAACAGAAUUGGGAAAAUAAUAGAGCUGUACAGGAACUUGAGAAGAUCUACUUAACUCAAACAUGUGUUGAGUGGCUGAUGACGUAUGUGAGCUAUGGGAGGAGCUCACUGAUGAAAACAGGUCUUCCCUCAGUGUCUCUCCUCCAGAAGAAUAGCUCCUCUCCAGUCAGCUGCCACGCUACAGGAUUUUAUCCUAACAGAGCUGAGAUGUUCUGGAGGAAAGAUGGAGAGGAGAUUCAUGAUGGUGGGGUUAAAGAAGAAAUCCUCCCCAACAAUGAUGGGACCUUCCAGAUGAGUGUUUAUGUGAAUCUUUCAUUUGUUCCAUCUGACGACUGGGCAAAGUAUGAAUGCGUGUUUCAGUUCUCUGGUUUUAAAGAGAAUAUUGUCACCAGACUGGAGAAAAGCAAAAUAAGGACAAAUGAAGGUGAGGACAAAGUAAAAAAUUCAGCAAAUACAAUUUAG